GAAAAGGGUAAUACUUUAACUUAGCAUUCAAGUUCCCUACAUCAUGUAACAUGAUGCUAGGUUACAGCUACCAUAGUGGACUAAUUUCUAUAUAAAGGAUGUUGGAUUAUGCUCAUAGAAUGGUGCUUAAGCAUAGUUUGCUCUAGAUGCUUCAGAACAUUGCAGAGAGACUAAACUAAUCUGUAACCUAAAUAACGGGCAUAUUACGGAUUUUUCGUUGGCUAUGGGUCACUUCAUGGGUUACUUCGGUGCGCUUACUGCGAUCUUAGGAUGCCGGGAAAAUGUAAUCAUUUGGCGGCGUGCCGUUUACGUUGUUCGAUAAGAUGGCAACCUUGGGUAGGAAUGCGCCACUUGAUAAGGUGCAUCCUUUUGUUUUUCAUUUCGAUCGCAUAUGUCGAGCCUUUGAGAAUUAACAGUGCCUUUUUAAUAAACCAAGGUUUAACAGUGUCACUUAACGUUGAUAAACGUCGUGAUGUAGAAACCCAUUAUUCGUUAGAACCUGUAAAAGGUUCUUUAAAGAACCCAUUUACAAACUCAUCAUUACGUGGGCAUCUAUAUGUACACAUGACUAAAAAUGCAGUGGGUCCUAACCCCCUGGAGCUGAGUGAACAAGAGCAUAUGACUAUUGCUUCUUCCCUUGAUUCGUUAUUCGACCGUUGUGUACAAUCCUGUGACCAUAGUGACUUCCAAACUGCUGUUGGUAAUAUCAGGGAGUUCAUGUCUGCUUAUAAGGGUUUCUAUUCCCAUUUCUUCGAGGAACCAGUUGAGGUGGCACCUCCAUUAACGGAAGUACCCAAUGCUGCUAUACAUCGUGGUGAUCAACUGCUGGGUGAUAGCUGCAGAUCGGCACAAGAUGUUCCCAGAACCGACUCCAGUGGAUCCAUGUCGUCCUCCAAGCCCUUGGGUCGUUACAAAGCAUCCAGGAAGGCUUUGAGUUACGAAUACACUGACGACAUUGACUCCCGUCGAUGGCGUGUUGAGGCUAGAUCUAGGAUACCUCGUGAUGUUUGUGGUAUGAUUCUGUACCAGCGUAGCCGUUGCGUGGGUAUCAUGGGUCGCAUUAUGCACAAGGUAUCCUCUUUAGAGGAUUUGCGGACAGUGAUCAGUUUAUCUAAAGAUGCAUGCCUCUUGGGUAUGGACGUUUUGAAGAGCAUGUAUGAGGCUAUGUGCAUUAUGAAUGCGCGUAUGGGCCGUACUACGAAGGCUCUGGAGUACAUUGAGCGUAUGUGGUCACACGGUGAACGUCGUCGUUACCGUACUUACGAGACUUUAUUAAAUCACUUCGAGGGUAACUUGGACAGUGAGGGUAUAUUGCAAGUAUUGCGUCACAUGGUUGAUACGGCUGGCCUCACUGUAAACGGUCUUUUGUUAACUCGUGUUCUUGUUGCCAUUUGUUUAUCAGCUCGUCAAGAAUUAAUGAAGCAUUGUAAUGGUGCGGGAUCCAACAUAACUUCGGAUACAAUGGGAAACCUCAGUGACCAAAGCUCGGAUGGUAGAAGUCAAAAACAUCUGUCAUCUAUGCUAGGGUUGGACUGUGACCGGGAAUCCGUUCCUGUGCUCGACGCCGAGUCGGGAAAUCACACUUUGAAACAUCCAACAUCAACGGAUGUGGACAAUAAAGCUCGCAAGGUCAAAGACACGUUAAAACGUCAGCUGGAAGAGGUAUUUCAGAUAUUUAGCAAUCAUGCUUGCAAUCGUGUUGCGUUAUCUGCUCGGCUUGGUUAUGUGAUAUACUCUGUAUUUUCCAGGGCUUUCCCUGACCUAGUUAGGUUUACUCAUGUAUCCCCUAAUAAAUUAUCUGGCAAUUUACCUAUAAAUACUGAACACUUGGGUGGUAGAUCAGCUUUCAAGAACCCUAGUGGCAUUACAAAGGAUUUGGAUCAGUCAAACUUUAAUAAUGGCCAUAGCAAGCUCCUGCAAGGUGACGGUGUACUGCCAGAUAAUAGUGCUACUUAUGGUAAUUGUGUAAGUUGUAAUUUUGCAGUGCCUUUGGUUGACCUUGGUAUAGCGGAGCGUCUGUCGGUAUUACGCCGUUGGCUUCAGCACAUAUAUGAUUACAACUAUCCUGAGAUUUUGCGAUUAGCUAAUUUUUACGCUUGGCUAUAUGCUCCAUUGACUGCGGGCAAGGGCUAUACCUGUGUUUUGGAUGGGCAGAACAUCGGUUACCAUAAACGUGAAUCUAUGAGCCCUAUGGAUUUUGAGAAGGUUGAUAUAGUUUUGCAAUCUAUGAUAUCACUUGGUGAGCGUCCUUUUAUAGUGUUACCUUACUAUUGUCGUACUAGGAAAACAGUGUCUAGCUCUGUACUGACCAAUGAGGCCAUGGAGUUACUAUUCCCUGGUUGCACAUUGCCUUCAGCUUUGUUGAACCAGGUACCCGUUGGGAAACACGCUAGGUUGAAAUAUUCCGACCGUCAUAAGGCUGCUCUUAUAGAUAAGUGGUACUCCCAGCGUCAGGUUUAUUUCUGUGCUUCUGACAGCUACGACGACAACUAUUUCUUUUUGGCCAAUGUGAUGUCUGGUUGUGCUGAGGAGCUACAUACAAUCGCAACGUUUGUCAAGUCCGCAUUGGCGUUGCUACUGCAGCAGCAGGGGGAUGCAUCGAUGCUCCCUGAGCCUGAAAUCGGUGACUACGCUGCUGCGGCAUGCCCCUCCAGGCGUCCUCUAAUGAUGACUGUGACUAACGAUACGCUAUCAAAUAUGGAGAUUCCUGGUGUGGAUGAGGGUGCCAUGCGUGCUUUGCGCGACAUACCAUUGACUCCUUACUUUUUCACUGACGGUUGGUCUCGGCGAAGGCACUCUGAUGACCGGAAGGUAGUGGUUGGCCAACGCCUUCGGUAUUCCUUAGGUAACGUGGGCCCUAUAAAUGGCAAAUUCCACAUUCCUUUGGGUUAUGAGCGGAAGGUCCUGGAUUACAAGGCUCGUCACACUGUUCUUAUCAGUGAACAUGAAGAAGGUUGCAUAGAGCCACCUAUUUCCGGUGCAUAUCUCGAUACACAAUCUGACGAGUCACACAACAGCGACCAGGAGCUAAAGCAGAUAAACCAAUGGUUAGAGCGCCAUGGUUACAAUGAGCUGUUUAAUGCCCUUUGUGACAAGCAUGGUCGCAGUUACCCUCAAACAGAGCCACGCCGCUUCCCUAUAUCUACAAAAUCGCCAGAAAUAAUCAAGCAGAAGUUCAAUCCAACUCAAGAAACACGUUGGCUGUGCAUUGACUUAAAUGUGCUGGGUAACACAAAUGUGUAAUCAUUGUUGUCUAUCCUAUGAUGGGGGAUACAUCAAGUUAUUUCAUAGUU